AUCGAAGGAUUGCGAUGCGCCUCGUCUAUUUUGGUGCGGUACUCUGGCACCAAAAUUUCUAUCUAAAUGUCUAGUCUAUGAUUGGACCAUAUUUAUUGGAAAUGAUGUUAGAGGUUAAAAAGGCAUUUAUUAGCUUUCUAAGGAUGAACAAUGAUUCAAGUUCUUCUGAUCCUUUAAAAACAACAUGUUCACAUGGAAGUGUUCAUGUAAACGGACAUUAUCCUAGUCCAAUGCCUAACAAUAGUGUUAUUCACAUGGAAGACUACAAUAAGAACAAUGACCAUGGUCCUCGUCUCAGUUUCAAGCGGUUAACCCUAUCUGAUUCGCUUGAUCUAGCUGGAAAUCGCAUUCAGUCUCAUUUGUAUUCCAAGCUUGGUCCAGAGGCGAUCGAACUUGACCUAAUGUGUGCUGAUAAAAUUUACUCUACAAAAGAAACUUCAAGUAAUGGUCAUUUAUUUUGUCCCGUACCACUUGAUGGUGAUACCUUUUGUGAUCAUUGCAACCAGCCUAUUUGGGAAUUUGGUUGGCGUCCAGUAUGUUUAAAGUGUGCAAAAUGCCACAUGACGUGUCACUGGCUGUGCAAAACUGAGGUUACAGUUUUGUGUGAUGAAGACGCCAAGACCUCUCAUCAAGUUACUGAACCAAAUCUAUUCCCCCCAAUGAUUGUUUCGGGGGACGAUUUAGAACAACAGGUUGACAGCCCAGUCUCUAAGUUAUCAACAAGUCCGGAAAACGAUAGCACUAAUUAUAUCUCGUCUGAAGGAACUUUAGUUAAGUCUUCCCAACUGGAUUUCCAUGUAAAUAAUCACCUAACUUCUGAAUGUGAUAUACCAUUACUUGAUACUGUUUCUCCAAAUGAAUUAGAUGGAGUGAAUAGUCCUGUUGACAAAACGAUUGAUCAUCUUGCGUUCGAAAAAGUUACUUUACAAUCAAUCUCUCCUAGUUCGAGUCAGUACACUUCCAUGACUACAAACUUCAACACACCGUUAAACGUACCUGCUAAACUGGAUAAUGGAAUAUCAACAAAGCAGAAAGCUGAAUGUUUAUCUCAAUCAACAUUAUCAAGGCGUUCUACUGAGUUUCACAAAUCGAAAACAUCAGUUGAUGUAAAAUUAGUCAGUAGGCAUUCAUUUCUAUGCGGAAAUAAACCAAACGUUUGCCUGGCUUAUGAUUUUUCAAGCUUAGAUAAGGAGGCAAUUCGAGAUCGAGGGAUUCUUGUGAGACAACUAAGCCCAUCUCUUACUGAAUUACAAAACACUUCUAAACCACUUCAGAAUACAAAUAUUAUCUCAGAUACCUCGAACUCCAAUCCUUUUACCCGUUCAGAUGAAAGUUCGUUUCCAGAAAAAGAAGUUUCUGAUAUUGGCUUUGCCAGUGUGAUGCAAACAACUCAGGAAUUUGUUCGCACCAAACAAAAACGAAGCUUUCAGACUCAUCUACGUUCUUCAAAUGCGCUUCCAUUAAUCCCUAUGGUGGUUGGACCGCGAGCAAUAUUACCUUGGUCCUCCGAUCGUUUGAAACAGUUAAUUCAAAUCUUUAGCGUAAAUGAAUUCGGAUUGCAAGCUGCUAGUAUAACUGGUGCUGAUUCAUGUGAUUGCGAAGGUCAAGUUCGUGUACAUAUAAACUUACUCCGCCCUAUUCAAAUGUUACUUACAGCUAGACCAGCUUCCAUUUUCGACGUAGUUGGUGCAAAAAGUAAUGAAACAGAUGAUGAUGAUGAUUAUAAUGAAGAUGAUGAUGGGGCAGAUGUUAGUGAUCGAUCUGAAGAUGAUCAGAAUCUUUGGUUGGUCCAAGACGACAACAAUAAUAACUGCCAUCUUGUUUCGAAACAACACCCUUCUAAUACACCACAUUCCUUUGUAUCAGCCAACAUUCCAUAUUUUUCACCAAAUAAUAAAGUGCAUAAAGCUGAUGGAAACAUUGUUGAGUCACAUCGUCGGUUAGGCAGAACAACUUCAACAGUAUCUACUUUUCGGUUACCAAGAGGAAGCACAAAAUUGUUGCAUGUUCGACUAUCGACAACUGCACAAAUGGUUAUCUGUGCACUACUUGAUCGAUUUGGUAUACGAGAUAAUCCUCAAAAGUUUGCUUUAUAUGAACACACAAUUGAAGGUGAUCAGAAAGUUUCUGUACGAAAAUUAUUUGAUAAUGAAUCACCGUUGGGGUUGCUAUUCAAGUGGGUCGAUCAAGAUCCGGAUAAUUUUAACAACAUUUUGAGUGUGAAGCGAUUAGUAUUACAAGAGAAUGAAACUGGUGAUAUUGAAUGGACCACAUUUAGUUUAUCAGAAUUGUAUACAUUUUUGGGAAUAUUGAAUCGUGAAGAAAGUGAUUAUCGUAGACGUAUUGAAAUGAAAUAUGAAAUACGCAGGAAAGAAAUAAAACGUUUAAUGGAACUACAUAAUAGUAAAUUUAAAUCUUUAGACAAAUCAUUCAAUUGUCAAUUUAAUUCUGUUACUUCGGAUGUAACCACUGUAAUUGCUGAACGAUAUGAAAAUGAAGCGAUAACUAAACAAUUAUGCGAUGAAAAUGUGGAAUUUAAUGCCUAUUCUUGUAUGGAUUCAUUGUCUGCACCGGUUUCGCCAACGUUAUUUCGUAAAACAAACAAACAGAUUAAUUUAAACGCUUGCAUAGUGUUUGGUUUUAGACAAAAGGGAAAUAUUCAUCAAUCUUAUGAUUAUUGACUUGGUAAGCUAUAUCACUCCUACGCAACUGAAAUGCACACACACAUAUAUGCACACAUUGAAUUAACGCACCUAAAGUAUUUCAUUUCUUAACUUGUUCUGCUGACAUUAAGUAUAAACAGAACAUUGAUCAUGGUUUACAUUGAUAUCCUAAAAAUUCUCGUUACUAUGAUGUUCCAUAAACCGAACAAGUAAUAUAAAAAUCAGGGUGUCAGUGUUAAAGUUUGUCUGUGUAUAUUGCAAAUUUAUGAAAAGUCGACUUUACCAGGAGUUUCAAACUCACCAGAUUCUUGUUCAUCUCCAGAGGCAACACUUAAUCGUAAUACAAUUAAACACAGUCAACUUUCUGAUGCUGUAUCCACAUUACCUCGUGUACCAUCAAAUAAAAUCUCUGGAAUAUCAAAUACUUCUAAUAAGAUUCCUUCUAUAUUCAAAUCGUUUUCUAAUUUUAAAGCUAAAAAAGCUGAACUUGCCCAACAAAAAAGAUUAGCUAAAAUGGAAAAAGCUCGUAUUAAAGCAGAACAACAACAACAACAGCGUAAAGAAAAAAUUAAAAAUCACCCACUUUCUUCAUGGAAAUGGCGUGGAUUUGGCACACUUUCUCCGUCUAGUUCUUCAUCAAUGUCUCCUACUGGAUUGUCACCAUCAUCAUCAAAUCAAUAAUGAUAUAUUGACUGCACUGUAUUGUGAUCAUAUUCUUAUUUAUUUUUGUCAAGAAAUGAGCAGAUUAAUUGAUUGCAUACUAUUUUCUGUUUUCUAUAUCCUCUCUACUUCAUUCAAUAGUGUCUUCCAGUUCAAUUAUGUAAAUAUUUACUCGUUUUUUUUAAAUCCUUUUUUUUUCAGACACGUUUUAUUUAUUGCAUCAGACUUUUUCAUUUUUAUCAAACUUUCCUAUGCUUCCUUCACUUUUUCCCUUGCUCGUUUUUUCCCCCUCUGUUUAUUUUAAACUAUCUUUAUUUACUCCAUUACAAGCACCACAGAGGCCUUUUAUCAUUAAAUGGAUUCUUUUUUUCCUUAAUACACAAUAAUAAAAUUCUAGUCUAUUUAUUUUGUCCAAUAAGUAUUUCUUUUUUUCUUUUCAGCAGCAAAAAACUCUGUUUUAUUACGUUACAGUUCAGGUCCAGUAUAUACGAAGCGAAUUAUUUUCUAGAAUAUGAUCAAUCAUUGUACAAUAGUAUUAAUAAUAAUAAUAUAUUUGUUUACUAUUAUUGCAUGUAUGUGCAUGUACCUUCUUUGUUUUCAUUAGCUCACAUAUUAGGAAACAUUUAGAUUGACAUUACCAAUUUACAAUUAUUUUCUUUUCAAUUUAUUUAAAAAUCACUCCAAACAUUCAUUCAUUUUUAAAUCUUCAUUUGGACAUGUUUCAAAAUGUUUUGUUUUUUUUAAUAAAUGAAAAACAAAAAUAAAUUCUCUUUUCAUAUAAAUAAUAUGUGCAAUUUUAUAUAGAUAAUCAAGUAUGAA